UCUCCUUUCCUUGGCCACUAGGAACACGGUUCGCUUUCUUCUCUCCAUCCGGACGGUGGCGAUACUUCUUAUCGGAACCCCAUCGAAAGAAACGAACAAGAAAAGUUCUCCUUUUUCCAAUCCAAUCAGAGAAGAAUCAUCGGUGAGUCCUUCGAUCUGAUCGCGAUCGCGAUUGCCUCUUCUCCUCUUCCUCUUGGAUCCUUCAACUCGAUAUAUAAUUUUUCGUCUCCCUUUCCAUUCAAUUCCAUCGGAUCCCCUCUUCUCCUCCUCUCUCCCUCCCCCCCGGUCCCCUUCUCUUCUAGAAAUGGUGGUGGAAGAAGCUGCUACGGCCGCCGUGGUCGAUCCCGCAAACUCGUCCAAGGGAGGAAAGCAGCCACGCAGGGGGGUUGUCUCCCGGCUGUGGAGAGGGAUUUUUGGGGCCGACGAUGACUUCCAGAAGAAGUUGGAGCACCUCUCCAAGGAGGAGGCAUCGGUCCAUGCGAGGUUGAAGAGAAGGGCUAAGUCGUCGCGGAAGAUGACCAGGAAUAUCAUAGUAUCCUCCGUGAUUCUCGAGGUGGUAGCCGUGACUUGUGCUAUAAUCACUACAAGAUCAGUGGACUUGGAUUGGAAGAUGAGGGCUAUUCGUGUAUUGCCCAUGUUUGUAUUACCUGGCUUGUCAACUAUUAUCUACUCCGCACUUGUAAGCUUCACAAGAAUGCUUGAUGAUAAGGACCAGAAAACCCUCGAAAGGCUUCGUGCUGAGAGGCAAGCAAAAAUUGAUGAGCUCAAGGAGAAAACAAAUUAUUACAACACACAACAACUUAUUCAGAGGUAUGAUCUUGAUCCUGCUGCAAAGGCGGCGGCGGCAACUGUUCUGGCAUCUAAGCUUGGGGCAGAUUCUGGCUUGAAAGUCCAUGUGGGCGAUGAAUCUACUUCAAGCACACUCGGUAAAAGCAAUGAUGUUGAGCUGGUGCAGUCUUCUGGGCUGCAUAACAGGAAACCGAUGCAUAGGAGAGGUCAUAGCACCGGGAGCAGCACAACAUCUCAGAUCAUCGACAAAACACUUAAUGAGUAUGUUGCCGAUACCCAAGAAAUUGGUUCUCCUAAUCAGAGGGUUGUUGAACACUUCAGAGGUUCAGCCUUGGACGAUGGAGGUUGGCUUGCUCGGGUAGCAGCCCUGCUCGUGGGAGAGGAUCCAACUCAGUGCUACGCACUGAUAUGUGCCCACUGCCAUAUGCAUAACGGACUAGCUAAAAAAGAGGAUUUCGCAUACAUAACAUAUUACUGUCCGCACUGCCAUACUUUGAAUGGAGGGUCAAGACACUCAGAGGAAGAAUUGGGAUCCAGUUCAGGGAAGGACACACCUACCUCUUCACUAGAUGGUGAUGCUAUAAGUCGUAGCAAGAACAAUGCAAACUCGAUUACCAGAAAUGCUGUUGUGAGCAGCUUAGCAACUGUAGAAGAGAUUCCUGGUGGAGGAACUGAUGAGAACGUGCUGGAUAAGCAUGGUAGUGGCAGUCCUGCUUCAGCACAAGAGAUUCCUGAGGAGGUUGAUGAGAAGGAGCUUGGUAAACAUUCUAGUUGAAGCUUAGGAUCGCUGUUCGAAUCGGUUGCUGUGUGAUGACAAAGUGUAGUCGGCUUUCUUUCAUGUGUAUAUGAUUAAGACAGGUGUUUUCACCUGUUAGUAGAUGCGUGUACUGUAAUAAGACCGAUUUGUUGAUGCCUAUUUGAUGAAAUUAUAAUGUUUCAUUAACUUUUGGAAA